AAAGUUUAACAUGCAUUUUAAAUGAAUAUCAAAUUAUUUUCUCCAUAGUUAUAUAUAUAUACUAUAUGAUUUUAAAGUAUGUCUAACAUCAAUAUAAAUAUUUUAAAUAAAAUGAGAGAUGUAAACUAGAAAUAUAAGGGUAAGUAUACACAUAUUCGGUUAUUUUCGGAUAUCCAUUCGGGUUCGGGUAUUACCCGUUCGGGUUCGGAUAUCCAAUUUCUCCUAACUUAAUACCCGUUCGGGUAUUUUACUACUUCGAUUCGGAUUUCGGUUCGGGGUUUUUCGGGUCGGGUUCGGGUGCCACUUCGGAUAUCGGAUAAAGUGUCCACCCCUAAAUAUGACCUUUGGCCUGUUCAUCACACACAGACUCCUUCCUUCAUGGUAAUACUUUACUGUUACAGUUGCAUAUUAAAAUCUUAAAUUAGUUAGAAAUUCAAAAGAGACUAGUGGAUGUAAUAAUGAAAUAGUCCAUUGACUUUCUCUAAGUCGUCUCUGCAACUUUCUAUAAGUAAUGAUGUGUCAAGCAAGACAUGAACCAGCUUUUACAUUUCAAUCUUUGGUCUUUUCAACAAUGGAGCGGAGAUCUCUAGCAAUAACGGUGACGUCAGCAAAAGGGCUUGAGAAGGUCUCUAAGAUGGAUGUUUACGUGGCCGUGAAGUUAUCCGGCGAUCCCAAAUUCUCCGACCACCCAGAGCAGCGGACACAAGUGGCUAGUGGAACAAGCCCCAGGUGGAUCGAUGGAGCCAUGAAAUUUGCCAUCGACCAAUCUUUAGCCGAGGCUAACCGGCUUGUGAUCACAUUCAAGAUCAAAUGUGAGCAACGUGGAGGAGGAGGAGGUGAUAAAGACAUCGGCGAGGUUCACGUUCCGGUGAAAGAGCUUUUGGAUCAUCUCGGAAAUGAUAAGGCCGGUCAAAGAUACGUCACGUACAAAAUCAAGAAGACUAACGGAAAACCAGGAGGCGACAUCAGUUUCACUUAUUCCUUCACCGGUCCGGUUGCUGCUGCGAGCGGUGUUGGAUGCUCACGGUACAUAGCUCAUGAGCCGGUGCGUCCCCCUCCAGCGACGUAUCGGCCUGUUAAUUUGAACGGACCUGGACCUGUGUUGAGUCAGUUGCUUCCAAGCGUUGGAUCGUUUAGUUAUGGUCAUGUUCCGGUUCAUCAGCCACCGGUUUAUCCACCACUGGCUCCGCCGGAGAUUUUGCCUCCGACUUGUUUCCCUGGCUUGUAUCCACCUCAUGGCUAUCCCAUGAUGAGUUACACACCUGAAAGUCCACCGACAAUGUAUGCAUCGAUAUUUCCUGGCUUAUCAUGUCCACCUGAAGGCUAUCCUAAUGCUGCUCCGCCGCAGACACAACCGGCACUAUACCCACCAAUGAAUCCUUACAGAUUUUAACGGGUCCACUCGUCGGUGCUAAGUCGUCAACAAUGAGAUUUUUUUUUCCUUUUCUAUUCACUUUUUAUAUUUUCAAAUAGAAAAAAUAAAUUAUUUGCUUGUUUGUUGAUUUUAUUACUCAUCGAAAAUCUUGAAAUAUUAAUUGGUUGCAUGAAAUAGGAAAUCAGAUGUCAAAACAUGAUUUUAAUUUUUUUUUAGAAAUUAAAACAUUUUAGAAAUGUCUAUAUAUA